AUGGGAUGCACUAUAUAGAAAUAAAAGAAUAAGAAACCAACUCUUGGGUUAUCAAACUAGGAAACAGAAAUACUUUGUAAGGAAUAGUUGUAAACACCAGAUACAUUAGAUAUGUAGAGUCCUCGAUAAUAAAAUAUCAUUGUGUUAAAGAAACUACUUGCUUCUUCCAGUUUGAGUGUUGAUCAAAUCAUUAAACCGCCUUUGAAAAAGAGCUCACAUUCUAAUUUGAGCAGAAGUAGAAGGUAAUGA